CUCCUCAAACUAUUCUAGUAUUCUAUAAUCUUCAGCAGCAUCCUAUAUCAUAUGUUAAAUUACCCGACGUAUCUGUAUCAAAAAUAAAAAUAGUCUAUUAUGCAGUUGCACAUCGACGGCGGUGCAAAAAGAGUUAUCAUCACCGCACCGUCGAUCGAUGCACCGAUGCUCGUUUUCGGAGUCAAUCACACUUGUUACAAUCCCAAGUGAGACGGUGUCAUUUUUGCGACGUCCUGCACCACGAACUGCGCAGCUCCAAUUGUCAAAAUCAUGCACGACAACUUCGAGGUCCUCGAGGCGAUGAUCACCAGCAUACACGCGGUGACAGCAUCUCAAAAUACCGUGGACGGUCCGGUAGAAAAGUUUCGACCUACGGCAUUGUGGAGGGACGGUAGAAGCGCACUCCAGAAUAUCAUUCCGACCGCGAUCGGCGCGGCCAAGUCAUUAACCAAAAUUAUUCCCGAGUUGAAAGGCAAGAUUUCAGCCAUCGCGUUCAGGGUACCGAUCCCCAACGUUUCAUUGCGACAUGAUAUUCAGGUAAUUGGCGGUUGCUGAUCUCACCAGACAACUGACCUAUAAAAUCCGGCAUGCGUAACAUAUAUUCUCGUUGCACUGAUGUAAAAAAACGCACUCGGUUUCACCAGAGAGAUAAGCGAAGCUUGUUGGAAGAGUGGGUCAAUGCAGUAAAUGGAUUACAUGAUCUUUCAACGAAUAUAAGAAAGUUCAAAGCUAAAAAUAGUAUCGUAUUGUGCUGUUAUCAUUUUUAUUCAAAUUCCAACAAUAAUAUUCUUUCAUCUUUACCAAUCUACUACAAAUCACCAAUAGUUUAAUUAUUUCUUAUAAAUGUACAAAUUGCAUAUUAUUAUACACAUCAUGGCAAUCCCCGUUUAAGAUUCGGU